AUGGCCCAAGUCGUAGCGCACAGUAGCCAGGCCCGGCCCGCUUCCUAUGCGCAACAGCAGAAUGCGCCUCAUGGCAAGAAGAGGCCUGCCGAUGGCUCGCUGGAGAACGAGCAGCGGCUGAGCAAGCGCUUUGAUCUGUUGAAUCUGGUCGACCACAACGGCACGCGCCUCUACAUACCCGUCCCAGGCUCCUCGCAAGGCACAACCACCACACAAUCCCAAUCGUCGCCUACUCCCGUCGCCGACGCCCUGGCCUUCGCCUCCACCCGCCCCCGCCGCAACCGCAAGCCACGGGCCCACGACACCAUGGACAUCGAAGACACCCCCCACCGCGUCUACAUCUCGGACCUCAGCGCCGAGCUCAGCGACAUCGAGUCGGACGAGGAAAACCCCAUUUUCCUCUCCGACAUUGAAAAGCACCUCUCCAGGAUCCCCGCCCACGUCCUGCGUGGCCCGGACCCAACGCCUAACCCCCAGAACCAGAUGGUGCUGUACAAUGUUCCGACUAGCUUGACGGUGCCUGAGGCGCAGGAUAAUGUCAGGAAAGCAAUUGUGGAGACGCGCCAGCGGAUUAGGGAUAGGCAGGUUAAUCCGGUUACGGAGCCGCCAGGUGUUUUUGUAAGAGGUGCGGAGACGGGAGGUGCAGAGUCGAGCAUGGUGGUGGAGAGGAGUAAUGAUAUACCCCCCGCCGACGAAGUAGGCGGAGAUGCCAUGGACAUUGAUUAA